ACUAUACCCCACCUUCCUUCCCUCUCUCUCAUCUAUCUUUUCAGAUAAAAUCGCAGCUACCACUUACCACCACCUCCUUCCUUCCUUCCUUUCUUCCCUCCAUCCCCUCUCCGUUGCCGUUUUCCUAUUUCACAUGUGAAAAAACCCUAGUUCAAAUGAAUUAAAUGAUGUAUGUAGAGAGAGACACAGAUGUAUGCAUCCGUGGGCUCCUUAUUCCCCCUAAAACAAACUAAGCUAUUUAGCUUCUCUACUUUUCUCUCUCUUGACCCAUACUCUCUCUCAUGAGUCAUGAGUGAUGAUAUUCUUGUAAAUAGUGAGUUAUAAGUAAGGAAAUCUGUGAAGGCAUCCUCACGUCUUUCCAUUUUCUGCAAUCCGUGUAAUGGAUUCGGGCAACAGUACCGCUGGGAGCAUGCAGUCCUCAAGUAGUGGUGCUCCUGCUGAUGAAGAUUCGUACGACUCACACUCACACUCACACUCACGCGCCCAACAACAACCCCAACCCCAUCAUCAUCAUAUUCUAAAUCAGUUAUCAACAACAACAACAACCACCCUUCACCACACCCACGCCCCUAUCUUUGAUCCUUUGUUAUCAUCAUCAUCAACAACUUCAACAACCUUCUUGGAUCCAUCAUCAUCUUCAAUUCAAAGAUCAAAUCCAACAAUAGUAAACAACCUCGACAUGCCGUGGUACAUCACACCGAGAUCCGGACUCGACCAACCGGAUCUUUCCACCGUCAUGCCGCAAUUCGCUGUUCCACCACCACCGCCGCCGCCGCCGCCGCCGCUACCAGCGUUGCUGCAGCAACAACAACAACAAGAAGCGCGCAGCAACGCAAACAGUAACAGCACGGUGGUUCGGAACCCGAAGAAGAGGUCGAGGGCUUCACGGCGAGCACCAACGACGGUUUUAACAACGGACACCACGAAUUUCCGAGCUAUGGUUCAAGAAUUCACUGGUAUUCCAGCACAGCCUUUCACUUCUUCUUCUUCUUCUCCUUUUCCAAGAACAAGGUUGGAUCUCUUUGUUGGUGGCGGUUCUUCUUCUUCUUCUGCUGCUGCUGGUCCUCCUUAUCUUCUUCGUCCAUUUGCGCAGAAAGUUCCUCUACCGUCGUCGUUUCCUCAAACCAAUUAUAAUUCUUCACCUUCUUCUUCGUUAUCUUUUCCACCUUCUUCUUCCAUGGUGAUGAACAACAUAUUAUUUGUUCCUAAUUCUAACAAUCCAAUUAAUAACAGCUACCAACAACUUCCUUCUUCUUCUUCCCCCCUUGGGCUUUUGAAACAGCAUCAGCAUCUUAAUAAUGUGAACAUGAACAACAUGCAAAACAACAACAACAACAACCCUGCAUCGAUUCUGAGCUUUCAAUCGAUUCUUCAAGCACAACAAAUUAGAAUGGGUGUGUUGGAGGAACAACUAGGAUUCACUCGUGCGCAUGUUAGCACCACCAACAACAUCAGCAAUGGAGGAGUGUUAGAGAAGGGAAGAACCGAAGGUAUGGUGGAGUCAUGGAUCAAUUGUUCUUCUGAUUAAAUUAAAGAGCACUCAUGCAUCAUCAUCAUCAUCAAAAACAAAACAAGAAAAGGAUUAUCGGAAGAGAUUCAUUCGCAUAUAUAAUUUCAUUCACAACUGAUGAUUGUGCUUACCAUGCUAGUAAGUAAAAAGAGAGAGACAGAGAGAGGAAUCUUUCGUAUUAGUACAAUCUCAUCUUAACCAUGACCAUCAAAUUAAUUUGUUACAAUACUUUUUUUUAAUUUUCUUUUAUUAUUAUUAUUAUUAUUUUUUCUUUUGGUCAUUUGGGUCCCUUCAAAUUAUGUGUAAAUAAGUAGCAGAUAGUUUUUCCUUCUCUCUCUCUCUCUCUAAGCUAAUCUUUUUUCUUUUCUUUUUUUUUUUUUUGAAAUUUUAGAUUGUGCUUAGCUUUGCGUUAUAUAUACAUGCAUAUAUAUAAAUAUACAAGAAAAUUCUGGAGUCUUCAAUGUUUAUAUUUUUGUUACUAAUUAAUUAAUUAAACUUGUAUGUGUUUAUGCUAAUUCAUUGCAUCGUUUUAAUUUAGUUUCAUGAUAGAUCUUGUUUUUAUUAGUUCAGAUAUGGAGAAUGUAGAAUACUAGAAUAGAAUGUGCAGCAGUUAGUUGAAUUGAACAAAAACAAAUCCGUAUGCA